AUGGCUCUUGACUUUGGUUGGUUGACGGUCCAACCCAGGCUCCCGCGCGCUGGGUUAAUUUUCAUUCCAGGUAAUGAAGUUCAACGGAUGUUCAUGAGAGAGCAUGCCAACAGAGAAAAUGUCAAAGGUAAUCCGCUCCCACCGCAGUUUUUCUACAAUGAGGAAUAUCUAGGAAAUUUUGUCGAUUUUGAAGAGGCCGUCGAAGAUGACCGUAUACAUGAAUUCCUUCGGCUCACACCACCCAAGUGCAAAGCAAACGCUGAAGACAAGGAGAAUCACGUCGACAAGUGA